CGGCUGGGCGGCCUGGCGCGGCUCGGCGCUCGGCGGUGGGGCUGGUUCGGCGCGGGCUGGCGGCGCGGCGGGGCCCGGCGGGAUGGUGAAGCUGACGGCGGAGCUGAUCGAGCAGGCGGCGCAGUACACCAACGCCGUCCGCGACCGCGAGCUCGACCUGCGCGGCUAUAAAAUCCCAGUUAUUGAGAACUUGGGUGCCACUCUGGACCAGUUUGAUGCAAUUGAUUUCUCUGACAAUGAGAUUCGUAAACUGGAUGGAUUCCCUCUGUUGAGAAGGCUGAAAACUCUUCUGAUGAAUAACAAUAGGAUUUGUCGGAUUGGUGAAAACCUUGAACAGGCUCUGCCCAGCCUGACGGAGCUCAUUCUUACCAACAACAACAUUGCUGAAUUGGGUGAACUGGAUCCACUAUCAACUGUUAAAUCAUUGACUUACCUGAGCAUUUUAAGGAAUCCUGUAACAAAUAAGAAGCAUUACAGAUUGUAUGUAAUCCACAAAGUUCCCCAGGUCAGAGUGCUGGAUUUUCAAAAAGUGAAACUCAAAGAGCGACAGGAGGCAGAGAAAAUGUUCAAGGGCAAACGGGGUGCACAGCUUGCAAAGGAUAUUGCCAGGAGAACAAAAACCUUCAAUCCAGGUGCUGGUCUGCCAACUGAUAAAAAGAAAGCUGGGCCUUCCCCUGGGGAUGUUGAGGCGAUUAAGACUGCUAUAGCAAAUGCUACAACUUUGGCUGAAGUGGAGCGACUGAAAGGCUUACUACAGGCUGGUCAGAUUCCUGGCAGAGAACGAAAAUCAGGCCCGUCGGAGGACGGUGAGGAAGAAAUGGAGGAGGACGCAGUUCCCAACGGCUCGUAGGCCCGGGCCGCGCCCGGCGCUUCUCCCCCGGCGCCCGCUGCUGUCAUAGGCCGGUCUCCGUGCGGGGGCUCGGGCCAGCCCCGCCGCGGGCAGGCGCCCCCGCCCGCUGUCCUUGAGCAUUUCGCCGGUCAAUAAAACGUUUCCUUUUUC